CCGCAUCUUCACUCCCCAUCCACAUCCUCUACCCCCCAGCCUUACUUCAAGUUUCCGGCCGGAGCGCAAUAUCAGCAACGAUGGCCCCCAAGAGCAAGAAGUCCGGUGAUACCAUCAACUCGCGCCUGGCGCUUGUGAUGAAGUCCGGCAAGGUCACCCUUGGCUACAAGUCGACUAUCAAGACCCUGCGUUCCGGCAAGGCUAAGCUGGUCAUCAUCGCGGCCAACACUCCCCCUCUCCGCAAGAGUGAGCUUGAGUACUACGCCAUGCUCGCCAAGGCUCCCGUGCACCACUUCGCUGGCAACAACAUCGAGCUGGGCACUGCCUGCGGUAAGCUCUUCCGCACCAGCACCAUGACCGUGCUGGAUGCUGGUGACUCCGACAUCUUGACCAGCCAGUAAGGGUGACGCUGGAUGGGUUCAUGUUGUGGAAGUCAAUCUUACGGGACUGGUAGAAAUGACAUGAAUGGUCACUUGAA